UGGAAAAGAUGGAAGUAGGCCUCAAUUCAGAAACACCAUUUCUAUAAACACUCUUUCUUCUUUUAUUUUUUUUUAUUUUUUAUUUUUUCUUUUGCGUUAAUUCCCUAAAAGACCUCCAUUAAUGGAAACAAUUACUUGUCUUUGUUCUCCACUGCCAGGCUCUUUUCCUUCUCCACCAUUGUUGCCAAGAAAAUCACAAGGCCUGAAGAAUUUUGGAGCAUCAAUUGGGCAAAGAAAGAUCAGACCACUAAGUAAUGCUGCGAAGGCAUUUGCUGGAGGAAGACAAGUGGACGAGAGCAUGAUAGUACUGAGGAGACGCAUACAUGAGAUGAAAGUGAUAGAAAGGAACUACGAGCCUCCUGCAGAAUGGAUGGGUUGGGAGAAGCAGUGCUAUGGUCAUUAUGAUGAAUAUGUUUGUAAGUUUGUAGGGGUAUUACAGUCAUUUCUUCUGAAUUCCAGGCCCAGUUUGGCUCUUUGUAUGCUACUCCGAGUCACCAUGAGUGUUCCUGCGUCAGCGGUCAUGAUUGUUCUAUGUUUGAUUGAGAUGGGUAAUGGGGCCAUCAUCUAGGAUUAUGUGUAAAAAAAGGUGUUUUGAUGAAUCCUUUUUAUAGAUGCAAUGAAUGUAAAUCUUGGCAUUUGACAGUAUAUAUAUAUGUAUAGAUAUAAGAUAUAAUUCUAUAUCGAUGUUAUUCUUUCCGUUUCUGCUUUUUUAGCUUCCUUGUUCUUGAGUUAGAAGAUGAUAAUGGAGUAAUGGAUGUUGCUUUCAGAA